GACUACUUUUUCCUUCCAGUGCUCACUAAUUAGGAAAAACACAAGAGCGAUCACACCUUUAUCUUGCUCUAAUCAAAACCUGAUUUCCAUUUGGUGAGGCUCACGCGACUCAUAGGUCCACAUAUGACCCACGCGUCUCUUUUCCUCUCCGCGUCGUUUUUUCUUUUUUAAAUCCAUCGUCCUCUUCGCCUCCUUCUCAAACUCCUCGCUUGCUUUUUCCCUCUACGUUUGAAUCUUCUUCUUCGUAAAGCAUUUCCAAUCAUUCCCUCAAAAUUCAAUUCUCGCAUUCCUGGCUACCUCCGAUUCCGUGCAGAGAAAAAUGCCAGAAGUUCAGUUGCCUAGGCACACCAUUAAAUCACAUGGAGCUAAAGUGGCAAGAACACAUUUGCAUGAUUGGUUAAUUCUUUUGCUUCUUGUCUUCAUUGAUGUCAUCUUGAAUGUGAUAGAGCCGUUUCACCGCUUUGUUGGAGCGGGGAUGAUGACUGACCUGAGAUACCCACUGAAAGCUAAUACUGUCCCGUUUUGGGCUGUCCCGAUAAUAGCAAUAUUGCUGCCACUGGCGGUCAUUCUUGUCUACUAUAUCAAGCGAAAGGACAUUUAUGACUUUCAUCAUGCUAUUUUGGGGCUUCUAUUUUCUGUUCUAAUUACUGCGGUGAUAACUGAUGCUAUCAAAGAUGGUGUUGGACGGCCACGGCCUGACUUCUUUUGGCGAUGUUUUCCUGAUGGCAAAGGGGUGUUUGAUCCAGUAACAAGUGAUGUUAUGUGCACUGGAGAUAAGAGUGUUAUCAAGGAGGGGCACAAAAGUUUCCCUAGUGGACAUACCUCUUGGUCUUUUGCUGGUCUUACUUUUCUUGCCUGGUAUCUAUCUGGAAAGAUUAAGGUGUUUGAUCGUAGGGGCCAUGUUGCAAAGCUCUGUAUUGUUUUCUUACCAAUCCUCAUGGCAGCUAUGGUUGCCGUCUCACGUGUUGAUGACUAUUGGCAUCAUUGGCAAGAUGUGUUUACUGGAGGUCUUAUUGGUGUGUUGAACCGGAAUUGCUUCUUUUGUUACUUGCAAUUCUUUCCUCCUCCAUAUCAUGCAGAUGGUUGGGGCCCUUACGCAUAUUUUCAGAUGUUGGCUGAAUCACAAAAUGGUGCUCAAGUCUCGUCUAUGAACAAUGACAUUAUCAGCCCACAACCUGGUGAGAUGCAUAUUGUAAGUAUUCCACCUCAACAAGAUGGUCAUGUUGCUCGAGGCAAUAACUGGGAUUCAACUCCUAUAUUUGAUGGAUCACAAAAUGCAAGGAGACAAGGACUUUAGUCUAUGGGUGAUUGGGAAAAGAUCACAUGUGCGUAGUCUGUAAAAAGUUAUAGGGUUUGUGAAUUUCAUUGCAGAUUUCUGCCUCUGUAGCUUUCUGGAAGAAUUGAAAUUGAUAUAUGCUGAUGCUCAUUUCCUCAGUUUAGAUAGGAUACUUUCCGAGAUGAUUAUAGAGUGAGCAGUGUAUGAUUUUUGUUAGUUAUCUAAACACUGUUUUAAACUUUGUAAUUGGUGUUCAGAUCCAACCUUGUAAAAGUUUCAGAAGUUGUGAGAAAAUUAAACGAGUGCAAGAUAGAGGUAUUAUUUGUGCAGCUCAA